AGGAAGAAGCACUUUAGUAUUGUUAAUGACACAUUGAUCGUAUCAUCAUAUUAAACUUAAAUAUAGCUUGGAAAUAUUUUCAUGCAUAUUUGAUGCAAUCAGAGUUCAGUACCGAAGGCAGUGCGAUAUAUAAUCGUAUAGGGAAUAUGUUUCAACGAUUUUCCGAGCCGUUUGGUACAGUUUCUGUUAAAGCUGCUAUAUGGCAUUUAAGAUUUAUGUGUUUUCCCGUGGCGAAGGUAUUCAAAGUGUUCUACGAAGAAGGAGUUUAUAGUUAAUUUAGUCCUACACCAGAAAAUCUGUGCUGAGGCAAAAAUCAAGUGCGAGUGAGUAAUACUGUUCAAAGAGAAUUAAAAGAAGACUUCGAAGAGCAAGACAAUUUCGCAACAAAGUGAAACGUCAUAAUAAUAUGAUGAUAUUUUACAUGUAGAUACGACUAUUAAAACCGGCAUUUUGAUGUCUAAAACCUGAUUCAUCCAAAAGAAUGAAAAGAAAUAGAGGCAUACGUUAAGAAUAUUCAUGAAUAAUAGUGAAAAAAGAUUAACAGUUCCAAGGGCAACGAUUAAUGUUUUAUCUACAGUUAUGGUCAAAAGAAACUGGCAGGUAUAAUUUUAAAGUAAUCUGAACUGUUGUAGAUAUGACAACAUAUACAUCUUACACCCAACGUACUACAUCUUCUAGCAAUGAUUAUAGUUACGACUAUGGUGAUGAGUACAUGUAUCCGGGUUACUCAUUUGAGAGACCUGUUUACCUUUAUCUUUGGGAAAUUUUAGUAAUUGUUAUGGUCUUCCAAAACCUGCUUAUCUUGUUCGUGUUUCUGCAUAGAACAAUGCGGAGCCCUACAAAUGUUAUCCUAUCUGCGAUAGCCAUUUCCGAUACAUUAACGGGACUGGUUACUUUACCAACUUACAUCAUGGUGUUCCAGAGAUACGAUCCACUACCAGAGUUAGAUCAGGAUAACUUCGUGAACCAGUCUCAGCAGAUAUUAACCCAACAAAAUGAAAACAUUCCAUUCAUAGAUUAUCCAAAUACAUCGAAUUCUUACCGAACAACAAACGAUAUUGAAUUUCCGAAGUACAUUGUUAGUGUCACCGGAAGCUCAAUUCGAUUUUUCACAACGAGUACAAGUGCAAUAGUCAGUGGUAACAAAACAAUGUCACCAGCAGUUUAUUUCGAAUUGACACUUCCACCGGUUGACGGAUAUACGCUCAGUAAGAGUCUUUGUCGUGGAUUUAUGAUCUCAAAAUAUUUUUUGUCGAAAUCAUUCCAUACUAUCUCAAUCUUUUUGACAUUGUUCCUUGAAAUUCAGAGAUAUGUUUCCAUGGCAUACCCUUAUAGAUAUGAAACAUGUUUUAAUAAGUUUAAAAUUGUGAAUAUCUAUUGUAUUUCUGCAUUCGUUUUGUGUCCGUGUCUCCACGGAUAUCAUUUGAGGAAUGAAAAGGCAGUUAAUGGGCUAUGUCAGUGGGAACUUACAGGAAGUGGAUGUGGGAGAGAUUGUAUUUAUUUAUGGAUAGCGUUUUUAUUGAGACAUUUUAUUCCAUGUGUAACUCUUGUGAUAUUUACACUUCUAUUUAUACGUGAACUCAGAAAGGGCGAGAAAAACUUUCGACGAAUGGAUAGUCAUUCGUUACAGUAUUCAAGAAGGGUCCAAGAAAAUCGGCGUAUUACUUUUAUAGUAGGUGCUGUUGUUAUUGUUCGACUUAUUCCUGAAAUACCAUAUAGCGUUUUUCUGUUAUACAAUAGCAUAGACGUGACAGUUAAUAUGGGGAAAGGCAUAGAUCUUGAAACAAACAGAAUCUUCCAUUUGUGCUACGAAAUAUGCCUUGUAACUUCAUUUCUAACUAACUUUUAUAUCUACUUAAUUGUCAAUAAGUCAUUUCGAAAACGCCUAUAUCGAACAUUUAUUUUACCUAUCAGGAAACGCUUAAAUGACUCAUUGCCAUUUCAUGAAUUGCAAUCAUGGAAUCAUUCACGGAAGGCUCAAGUGAAAAGGGAAGCCUCAGUCAAACUAGGAGAAGAUAAUGAAAUGAAAAAUAUGCAGCCCGACGUUUCCAACAAACUUGUAAAGUUCUAAAACCUCAUAGUUCAAAAGUGUGUCAGGUAUACUUAU